CUCACCGACGCUUCUUGCGGUAAACCGUCGCGCGUAAAGUUGUUAUAGACUACUUGGACUAAAUCAACAGCUUUGUGGACAACGACUUUCUGCACGGAGCAUAUUAAAUCAUUUAUUUGGAGUCUAUUUAUUGGAAAGUGCAAUAAAAUAUAAAUGGUCAACUCAGAACCGUUAAAAAUAUGCCCAAUAAUGAGUUGGGUUAACAACUGGUAGAAUACGCGCGUUUUUUUCGAAUCAUUGGGUGCACCUUGCAUUAACAAAACAAAUGAUAUAUUCGAAAUAAUUAUAACACUUUUCAAAUAAGGUAUUCGGAUUGUUUGGAAUUGUGUAAAGAGUGUUCGACAUGGCCUUAUCUCUUCCAGUGGAUGGAAAUGCCAAAAUGUGUUGAAGUAGACUGGGGGACGCAAUGCUGCAAAUGAAGGAGUUUCACAUCUGGUGAAGUCAUCCCUAGGACAGGAGACUCAGGAUGAGAAGAUGGCCACUGUGCUGCUACCACCGGGUCCUGACAGCUUGCACCGGUUUACCUGGGAGUCCCUGGCUGCCGUGGAGCAGCGGAUCGCCGAGGAAGAGGCCCGGCGCACCAAGCACUACCAGGAGGACCUGGGAGAUGUGGAGCUGCCCAGGCCCCGGGCCGACCUGGAGGCCGGCAAACAGCUGCCGCGCAUCUUCGGCGACAUCCCCAACGGCCUGGUGGGCGUCCCACUGGAGGACUUCGACCCGUUCUAUUUCAUGAACCAGAGAACUUUUAUAGUACUGAACAAAGGGAAGGCCAUCUUCCGAUUUAGUGCCACAUCUGCACUCUAUAUUUUUAGCCCCUUUCAUCCUGUUAGAAGAGCAUCAAUAAAGGUUUUAGUACACUCAUAUCCUUUCUGGUGGAACACUCAAAAUUCCACCAACUCUUGUCUGUUUUAG